AUGGCCGACUCAAAGAUAGGAAAUGAUAACGCUCUACACGUAGAAACUGCCACGCCCCGUCAUGUCGAUCCCAAGGACGACUGUCUCUCAAAGGCCAUCAAACAUGCAGACCGCGCUGCCAAUCUCGUGAACAGCGGUGAGCGCCCUCUCCUCACAGAAGCAGACUCGAAGCGAAUAUGCCGCAAGACCGACAGAAACAUCCUUGUGGUCCUGAUGUGGGUGUACUUUCUCCAGAUCCUCGAUAAAUCGGCGCUGGGAUAUGGCGCCACGUUCGGCUUGCAGGAGGAUAACAACCUCACGGGCGACCAGUAUUCACUGGUUAGUUCGGUCUCUUCGAUUGCACAACUGGCCUGGCAGCCCUUUUCAUCUUAUCUAAUUGUGCGUGUUCCGCACCGCAUUUUGAUGCCCAUUCUUUGCCUGGGAUGGGGCAUUGCGCAGGCGUGCAUGGCGGCAUGCCACAGUUUCAGUGGGUUGAUGGCCACCCGCUUCUUUCUGGGCCUUUUUGAAGCAGGCUGUCUCCCGCUGUUUAGUUUGAUUACUUCACAGUGGUAUAGGAGAGCCGAGCAGCCCAUGCGAGUGGCCGCGUGGUAUGGCACAAAUGGAUUGGGCACCAUUGUCGCUGCUGGUGCGAGUGUUGGGCUUGCGCAUAUUCAAUCCGAUAUCCUGCGACCCUGGCAAAUUAUCUUUCUUUUCGUGGGACUUCUGACGAUCGUCUCCGUGCCAUUCAUAUUCCUGCUUCUAGAAAACGACAUUCCUUCUGCACGCUUCCUGACCGAGGAGGAAAAGCCCAUGGCGGUCGAGCGUCUACGUGCCAAUCAAACCGGUACUGGAUCACGCGAGUUCAAAUGGGAGCACGUGCUAGAAGCCGUAAUUGAGCCAAAGACAUGGCUUUUUGUAGCCAUGAGCCUCCUGCUCAACGUUGGUGCUAGCGUUACAAACACAUUCGGUCCUUUGAUUCUCUCUGGAUUCGGAUUUGACUCUUAUACCACGAGUCUAUUGAACAUGCCGCUUGGUGUCAUGCAAAUCCUGGUGAUCUUGCUGUCUUCCUAUUUGGCGCAAAAAGCGCGUGUGAAGGGGGCCAUCUGUGCGGGAUUCAUGCUGCCCGUUGUCGCAGGUCUGGCCAUGCUCUACACCAUUCCUCACCAGGGAAACGAAGCCCCUCUUUUGGUGGGUUAUUAUUUCCUUGCUUUCCUCUAUGGAGGAAACCCGCUCAUCAUAUCCUGGAUCGUGGGAAACACCGCGGGUACGACCAAGAAGUCUUUCGUGGCUAGUGCAUACAAUGCCGCCAGCAGUGCUGGAAACAUUAUUGGUCCCCUCCUUUUCAACUCCAAGGACGCCCCAACAUAUCAUCCCGGUCUUCGAGACUGCCUUGCCAUCUUUGUUACUUUGGUAGCCGUCUUAUUCAUGCAGUGGGGAAAUCUCGUGUUCCUAAACAAAAUGCAAGAGAAGAAACGGGUCCAGAACGGGAAGCCGGCAAAGAUGGUUGAUCAUUCCAUGCAGCAACAAUAUCAUGAUUUCGAGGAGGAUGUGGUUGAGGCAGAGGCUGGCCCGAUGCAGGUACCGGAGGAGAUUGGCGAAAAUGCGUUUUUGGACUUGACCGAUCGCAAGAAUGAUGAGUUUGGCAAGCACUGCAUAGUGCGGGCCGGCACAUGCAAAUCAGUCAAGAUCAUCCCUCGCAACGCCACAAAUGACCAAAACAUUGACAUUGGCGAAACAAUACAGAGAUACUACCGCGGUUAUCGCACACGACGAGAACUCAAAGGCUGGUCUCUAUCCUCAUCUACACGCUGGUUGGAGGCUGUCAAGGAAGCACAAUGGCACAAGUCAAUGGCAAACCAGUACUGCGCCGAACCCAAUGGCGAUGUUGAUGUCGAUGUCGACAGCGGCAACGGGAACAAGGACGACAUCAUCCAGCAUGGCGGCGCCGAAAACAAGCAGCAGCAGCAAGUCAACGAAGAGGAUAAUGAGGUUGACUCAGUACGUCGCGAAAGCCAGACUGGCCACCUCUCGCCAGAGGUUCGCAGGAAGUGGAAAUUGGCUAGGCAGGUUGCACUCCGGGCUGGAGGAGACGAUAACAUACAUGACAAGAUUCUUGAAGAAGAACGAGUUCAGAGGACAUCUUCCAUGGUGUCGGCUUCAGGUGGCCAUAGCAUUCAUACUUUUCAACAAUCUACAUCGAGACAAAAGCGUGGUCAACCCUCGAUCCCAACGACGACUGCCGCCGACGUGGAGAAGACCUCUAAGAUGAUGGAUCUACAAUACUUUCUGGAAAUGGUAGACACAAAACACCGCUACGGAAGUAAUUUGCGCGCAUAUCAUAGCGUGUGGAAGAACAGUCCGUCCAAACAGAACUUCUUCUAUUGGCUGGAUUAUGGCGAGGGCAAAGAUGUCGAACUUGAGCGUGUUCCCCGAGAAAGGCUGGAGCGAGAACAAGUACGGUAUCUUAGCAGGGAAGAAAGACAGGAUUAUCUCGUCGUUGUGGAUGCAAAUGGGCGUUUCAGAUGGGCUAAAGACGGCCAGAGAGUGUGGACAGAUAGCGACCACUUUAGAGACAGCAUUCGAGGCGUGGUGCCUGUAGAUAACAACACACCUUCGUUUCGACAAUAUUCAGAAGAGGGCGAUGAGCUGAUCGGUUCAAGUUCGAGCACGUCAAGUGAUGACAGCGACGAUGAGGCCUCUGAUGACGAAGUACAGCGUUAUGUGAAUCCAGAUUUUGAGAAUGCAAAGGGGAUCAAGAAGAUUGAAUAUGUCAGUCCUGCCGUGAUCUUCAACCAGUUGAUGCAGAAAUCGCUGAAGAAGAAAGAUAAAUGGAUUUUUGUCGCUGAUACGUCUUUUCGAAUAUACAUCGGCAUCAAGGAAUCCGGUGCUUUCCAGCACUCAUCCUUCCUGCGCGGUGCACGCAUCUCCGCUGCAGGUCUGAUAAAGAUCAAAAACGGACAGCUGCGCAGUUUGUCUCCUCUUAGCGGACACUAUCGUCCACCAGCAGCCAAUUUUCGUGCAUUUGUUCAUACCCUCCAGAAUAAUGGCGUGGACAUGUCGCAUGUCUCCAUCAGUCGAUCAUAUGCCAUCCUCGUCGGCAUUGAAGGGUAUAUGAAAUUCAAGCAAAAGAAGAAAGUCGUCAAAGAGAAAAUCGAAGAAGAGAAAAAAUCAAAAUAUUUGAAUCAUUCACCAUCUAGCAAUGAGAAGACAGACGGCAAUGGGGUGAGAGAUGGGGACGAUAUCCCAGAGAUCUCGAGAAGUCGACCAACACAGAAGAAAGUCGGCACGACCACGACUGUCAACCGAGUCUCGACAAGGGAGAGCACCGAGAAGCAACCGGAUAACGGUAGUGGUAAAAAGAGAACCGGUCUUUUAUCUGCAAUUACAAGGAAAUUGUCGAAGAGAGGUUCAACACAGGAAAGCAAACCAGUUGAGAUACGUGGACGAGGCAUACCGGGGACGGCGCCUGAGGAAGGCGUUCCUGCUCCGGAAGGGCACCGGUAG